GCACUGAGUGUAUGCAGUACCUCGUCUGCUCCAUCCUUUUCCCUGCUAUGACUUGUAUCACUGCUGCGUCAGGAGAGACUCCCAGCUCCCAGGCACUUUGGCCAAACUUCCAGCUCCUCUCUCCUCCCUCCCUCCUCCUCGGAUUGUAGUGCCCGAGCCGCUGCUCUCCCCGCAUCCACUGCUCCUCAUCUCCCGUGCUGCCGACUCCCUCCCGCAUCCUCCAGCGCUGCGGAUGCGGGCACCAUCCACCCGGGAGCGCCUCGCCUCCUAUCCCCUGUAAUGAAGGCAAUCAUCGCCCUGCAGACAGGCUCGAUCCUCACCUCUGAACUGCAGGAUCAAGUUCAGCUCUGGUUACCUGCAUUGGGACAAGAAGGAGAAGAGGAGGAAGAAGGAGAAGGGGGAGGAGAGUAAGGGGAGGGGAGAGACUCUGCAAUAUCAUUUGUGAAUCGUUCACAGGGCUGCAGAUACAUAUUGCUAACACAUGCAGAGCAAAUGCAGGUAGCCCAGCACCAACUGCGGCUCUACCACUAACUCUGGUGCCACCAUCUGCACCAGCUUCCAGGAUCCAUCUAAGAACUUUGCUGGAUAUCUAUAGAGAGGAUUCCUGCUUGUGCCGGAGAGCAGCUCUUCAUUCCAGCAUCCUGUCUAUGGUGGAAUAAUACAAAACUGUGCAGGGAUCUGGAGCAGGAUCUUCUGGAGUCCUUAGUGUGACUGUCAUCUUCAUCAUCCUUCUCCAUCACUAUCCUCACCCUGUCCCAGGUGGCAUGGACUGAGUGGCACUAUGAGAGGGUAACUUUGUGCUGGGAUAAUACAAGUGUUUGGAUCUCAGCAGGUUCUGUUCUGCAGCAGUUCUGAAGACAUGAGGACUGUCUGGGGCUGCUGCCUGUUCUUGCUCAGGGUAGCGAUCACUCUGGCAGCCUCCAAGCAGCUGUUAAAGUACCGGCUGGCAGAGGAAGGGCAGCCGGAUAUCAGGAUCGGGAAUGUGGCUUCAGAUAUCGGGAUCGUCACCGGUUCCGGAGAGGUGACCUUCAGCCUGGAAUCCGGUGCCGAUUAUUUUAAGAUCGACAACAUGACCGGGGAGCUGAGCACCACCGACCGCCGGAUAGACCGCGAGAAGCUGCCGCAGUGCCAGAUGAUCUUCGAUGAGAACGAGUGCUUCAUUGACUUCGAGGUGUCGGUGAUCGGACCUUCUCAGAGCUGGGUGGAGUUGUUUGAGGGUCGGGUGGUCAUUCUGGACAUUAACGAUAACACUCCGACCUUUCCCUCCCCGGUGCUGACUCUGACGGUGGAGGAGAACCGGCCCGUGGGGACCCUCUACCUGCUGCCCACCGCUACCGAUAGGGACUUUGGCCGGAACGGGAUAGAGCGCUACGAGUUGAUCCAGGACGCCGGGGAGAGUUUGUUCAUGUCCGGCAGGCGAUCUGGUGGUCGCUUGGAGACUGGAGAUAGCGCCCUCUACCCGGGGAAAAGACGGAUGGAGACUGAUAGUCGGAGCAGCGUGUUUGAACUGCAGGUAGCGGAUACGUCUGACGGGGAGAAGCAGCCGCAGCUCAUAGUCAAGGGGGCUCUGGACCGGGAACAGAGGGACUCGUACGAGCUGACCCUGCGGGUGAGGGACGGGGGAGAGCAGCCCCGAUCCUCCCAAUCCAUCCUCAGGGUGCUCAUCACCGAUGUCAAUGACAACAGCCCCCGCUUUGAGAAAAGCGUCUAUGAAGCGGACCUGGCUGAGAACAGCGUGCCGGGGACCCCCAUCCUGCAACUAAAAGCCACCGACUACGACGUGGGGGUGAACGGGCAGAUCGAGUACGUGUUCGGGGCCGCCACGGAGUCUGUGAGGAGGCUGCUCAGACUGGACGAGAACUCCGGGUGGCUGAGUGUCCUGCACAGGAUAGACCGGGAGGAGGUGAACCAGCUGAGGUUCACAGUCAUGGCCAGGGACCGGGGGCAGCCCCCUAAAAAUGACAAGGCCACCGUGAUCCUCAACAUCAAGGAUGAGAACGACAAUGUGCCCCUCAUAGACAUCAGGAAGAUCGGCCGGAUCCCGGUGAAGGAUGGCAUGGCUAGUGUGGCUGAAGAUGUGGUGGUGGACACCCCCAUAGCCCUGGUCCAGGUGUCCGACAGGGACCAAGGAGAAAAUGGAGUAGUGACCUGCACCGUGGUGGGGGAUGUCCCAUUCCAGCUCAAGCCGGCCGGUGAUGCUGAGGGGGACCAGAACAAGAAGAAGUAUUUCCUGCACACCUCAGCCCCCCUGGACUACGAGAACAUUAAGGAAUACAAUGUCAUUAUAGUAGCUGUAGACUCGGGGAGCCCCAGCUUGUCCAGUAAUAACUCCCUGUUGGUCAAGGUGGUCGACACGAAUGACAACCCCCCGGUGUUCAGCCAAGCUGUGGUAGAGGUAGCCUUCCCUGAGAACAAUGUGCCCGGGGAGAGAGUAGCCACAGUGAUCGCCACAGAUGCAGACAGUGGGAAGAAUGCAGAGAUCGCCUAUUCCCUGGAGCAGUCAGUGGCCGGGGUGUUCUCCAUUCACCCAGACACAGGAGACAUCACAGCCAACAUAGUCCUAGACAGGGAGCAGACCGACAGGUAUGAGUUUAGAGUAGUUGCCAAAGACAAGGGUCUGCCCACUACUAUGCAGGGCACUGCCACGGUUGUAGUGCAGGUAGCUGAUAGGAAUGACAAUGACCCCAAAUUUAUGCAAGAUGUCUUCAAUUUCUAUGUCAAGGAGAACUUACAACCCAACAGCCCCGUUGGGAUGGUGACAGUGAUGGAUUCUGACAAAGGUCGCAAUGCAGAGAUGAGUUUGUUCAUAGAGGAGGAUAAUGGCAUCUUUUCUAUUGAAAACACCACCGGCACUAUAUGUUCUACAGUGUCUUUUGACAUGGAGCAGCAAACCUCAUACACUUUUAAGGUCAAAGCAGUGGACGGUGGGGACCCUCCAAGGUCUGCCACUGCGACAGUGUCCCUUUUUGUUAUGGAUGAGAAUGACAAUGCCCCAGUCAUCACCAGUCCCGUCAAUAGUUCCUAUGCAGUUGUAUCUCCAUCCAGCAGUGUCAGGACAGUGGUGGCUACUGUGGUGGCCACUGACACAGACACAGGUGUCAACGCAGAUCUGAAUUACAGCAUUGUUGGAGGAAACCCCUUUAAACUCUUUGAAAUCAACCCAGCCAGUGGAGUGGUGUCACUGGUUGGCAAGCUGGCCUCCAAACAUUAUGGUCUGCAUAGGUUAGUGGUCCAGGUGAAUGACAGUGGCCAACCCUCCCAGUCCACCACAGCUCUAGUCCAUGUGUUUAUCAAUGAGACGGUCUCCAAUGCCUCAGUUGUUGAUUCCCAAAUUGCCAGAAGUUUGCACGUCCCAUUAAGCCAGGAUAUAGCUGGUGAUCCCAGCUAUGAAAUGAGCAAACAGAGACUUAGCAUAGUGAUCGGUGUGGUGGCUGGGAUCAUGACUGUCAUACUGAUCAUACUAGUGGUGGUCAUGGCCAGGUAUUGUAGGGCCAAAAGUAAAAAUGGAUAUGAAGCCGGCAAGAAAGACCAUGAGGACUUCUUUACUCCCCAGCAGCAUGACAAGUCUAAGAAACCCAAAAAAGAUAAGAAAAACAAAAAAUCUAAACAGCCAUUAUAUAGCAGCAUAGUGACAGUGGAAGCUUCCAAGCCAAAUGGGCAGAGAUAUGACAGUGUCAAUGAAAAGCUGUCAGACAGUCCCAGCAUGGGAAGAUACAGAACUGUAAAUGGAGGUCCUGGUAGUCCUGACCUAGCAAGGCAUUACAAAUCUAGUUCUCCGCUUCCUACUGUGCAGCUUCAUCCUCAGUCACCUACUGCUGGGAAAAAACACCAGGCUGUGCAAGAAUUACCACCAGCCAACACUUUUGUGGGAGCUGGAGACAACAUCUCAAUUGGAUCAGACCAUUGUUCUGAGUACAGUUGUCAGACCAAUAACAAGUACAGCAAACAGCCAUUUCGUAGAGUGACGUUUUCUGUUGUGAGUCAACCUCAGGACCCUCACCAGGGGUCAUUGCAGAGUUGCUAUGACAGUGGGCUAGAAGAAUCUGAGACGCCGAGUAGUAAGAGCUCCUCUGGACCAAGACUGGGUGCCCUACCACUCCCAGAAGACAACUAUGAACGAACAACGCCGGAUGGCAGUGUUGGUGAGGCAGAGCAUAUGGAAAAUGGCUGUGACAAUAGACCCCAGAUGCCACCCAUGGGCUUAAGAGAUCAUGAAAGCCAGGCCACCUGUAGUGAACCUUUUCCAGGAAGACGCUUCUCUCAACGAUGGGCAAAUACCCUUCCAAUCUGCCCCAGAGAUUCAAGACCUUUGCCAGAUGUAGCUUUAACUGGAAAAUGCACAAGAGAAUGUGAUGAAUAUGGUCACUCCGAUUCCUGUUGGAUGCCAGUUCGUACAUCACCUGAAAGGAAGCCGAAGAACCAACCAAAGCUCUCCACAUUUAUGCCUGUUGAUGAACGAGACAGUCAAGAAAAGCUGGCUAAUGGUGAAGUAUCGCUUAUGGGUGAUCGCAACAGGAAUCUGCUUAACAAAAAGUUGGCAUCGUAUGAGACCUUCAAUGCAGCUACAUUCAGUAACAGUGAAGAAGCCAAUCCCGAGGAUAUUCCCCUGACACAAACAGGGGAGUACAAGCCAUCUCCUGUCAACACUUUAACUAGAAGAGAAGUUUAUCUGUAAGCUCUUCGAAACGACAGGGUCCUUUCAUAUUAAACAAGAAAGAAUAUAAGGCAAAACUUUACAGUCAUAACAAUAUUUCUCAGAAAUAUAAGGGGGCCACCAAAGAGACAAAAGCUUUGCCUGCCACUUUUUGCCUUCAUAUCAGGCAAUUAUCAUGUUUGCUUGCGUAUAUUGUGAUAUGUAGAGAGCACUGUUAUUACUUGCAUGUGCUUUCCCCUCCAUGGCUAUUCUUUUCACUCAUGGUUGCAAGAACUCUUUAUGGCCUAAUAAUAGAACUGAAACCACCAUUGUUACUCAUAUGCAAAAGCAUGUAACAUAGCACUCAAACUAUAUCUGAUUGUAAGGCCAUUCAUUGCUAUCAGCAUUGUCCACUAUGGUGAAGGCAAAUCGAGAUAGUACUCCAUCCAAUUUAUGUUUCAAAAAGACAGUCCACAUACUGAUUUUAUGCCUUCAUUUUUUGAUAUUUUUUUUUUUUAGGCCAUAGACAGCCAUAUAUUUACUGUGUAUUAUAUCUGUGAGCUCAUUGACUGAUGUUUAACAUAAAAUGCUACAAUUAUGCACACAAAACUGAAAGGAAUCCAUGUACAUUGUCUCUCCUAAACAGAGUGUUCCAAAAUGAGCAAAAUCUCGUGCAUUUACCAAGAAGGUAUCACUUUAUUUCAUUGUAAUUAAUGGAAAAUAUAUGAUAAAUAGAUCAUGAAAUAUAAUAUCCAUAUCAUUCAAAUAUUAAAUGAAAGGGUAAAAUUAUUCAGAAAAAAAUUUGAGAGAAGAACUAUUUGCAAUAAAUAUCAGGGAUAAAUAUAAUUUUUCAAAUUCAUUAUUAAGUAUUAUUUGGUACAUUUUUAAGAAUUUCCUUUUUGGUUAGGCUUUGUGGAGCCUUAUUUUGAGCCUUAUUUUCAGCUUUUUUGUUAAAACAAUUUUUUUUUGUUUUGGUCCAUUUUUUUUUUUUAGCAAUUCACGGCUCAAAUUGAGGCUUGAAAAAACAUGUGUGACCAUACCCUUACUUUGAUUCUGUUUAUUGAUUUCCAUACUAUGCAAAGAAAAUAAGCAUUUUAAAUUACAAAAAGGACCAAUUAUUGAGAUGCUCAAUUUUUACAAGAUUUCAAAUAAGCAAAAUAGGGUUCAUUUUUAUUUUAAUAUAUUUUUUUGCCUCAAACAAAAUAAUGUACCUAAAAUAUUUUAAAGUACAAACAUAAUUUAGAAGUCCUUGAAAAUAGGAACAGCAGCCAUAACUGUUACAAAGGGUCCAAUUAAUGUAUUUUCUUAGUUCUUAUUUUUAUUCUUUGAAAAUUUCCCUGCAUAAAAAAUAAAAUAAAAAUCCUUGGACUUGAUAUUUUACCAUAACCUAUUUUUUUUUUUUACCCAGACUUGCCUAAAUGGGAUACAGGUUAUUGCAGUGCCCACUGAUGUUGGCAGGACUGGCCUACCGUCUAUGUUUUUGGGGCUUCCUGACACUUGGGUUGUUAGGUUUCAAUAUGUCAGAACCAUUUCUUUUUAGAAGAGAAGAGGUAAGAAGUUUCCAUAGGUUUCUGGCAGUAGCUUCCCAUGAAGGGUCAGGAGAAAUAGCUAAGCAGCAGAAUACAAAAUAAUAUUUAUGGCCGUCUUAAGCUGUUUUAAUGCUUCAUUAGGUCAUAUGUAAGUCAUAGAAUGGUAUCCCUACCCGAACAUCCUCUAUAAACUAAAGUGGUUUCUUAUUUUUGCCUUGACAAGAAGAAUUUUUCUGGCCAAAAAUUAUCCUAGAAAUCCAAACAGAGGGCUUCGUAAAAAAGUCCUAAAGCAGUCAGCUGAUCACCAGGCUGGCUUCAAUUGCAAAAUAUUGCUUUAAGUAUGACCAAGUGACUAGACCACUUGAAUUACAUAAUGUAUAGAACUCUAGAUAUGAUUUUUGAAAUGCAUAAGGAGUCAUUUUUUAAACAUUUUCCAACAUAAAUGCUAUGAUAACAAAUAAAAAAGGAUGUACAUUUUUCAUGAUAACACAAAUUGUUAGAAAUAUAAUAUAUCAUUGUACCAUUAAAAGAAUGACAUAUUCAAUGUAUGAAUUUUCUUGAGAGAAAUAAAGCAAAGGGAAAAAAGGAAGUAUAGCCAUUGACUUUGCUUGUAUUCACCUCCCUAGGUUGCCUCUGGUAUGAAUGCACAAAACGUAUCUUACCUAAAAGACUACAAUCCAAUAGAAUUUCCUCCUCUGUCACAACGAUAUAAGAUAGUAAAACAAAUAUCUAGAUUAGAUUUAGACAAGUACUGUACAAAAAAAACUUAAAUAUUUCAGAUAAUUUUAUAGAUAAACUUUGAUAUAGUAAUAUGCAAAAGCAAAUGUAUUUACAUUAUUAUUACUUUUUAUUAAUUUUUAUUGUUUUUAACAUUUUUGGAUGCUAUACUUCAUGGGGGACUAUACAACCCAUUUUUUGUUGUUUUAUUUAUUUUCUCUUUGGGGGCCCUUUUGCCAUAUUUUGCUCUUUUUACUCAUUCAUUUAGGCAUGAUAGACUGAUAAAACACAAACAAUCCAGUGCAAGGUUACACCAGUUCUUUGUAUGAUAGGUAUAGGAAAUUGGAGACUGAUUAAGAUAUGUUGCAAUGUAUAUUUGUAAGUAAUUGUUCAAAGAAAACUCUUCAGAAAUGCUUCUGUAUAAAAUCUAUAGAGUUUUGAUGCAUGUGUCUCCUGUCUGCAUAGUCGAUUAGUUAAACAUGCUGUAUGCAAUUUUUUUCACUGACAUAUUUUAACUUGUUAAAUAAACAAUAAAAUUGUAAUAGAUAGUCAUAAAUCUCAAUUUUUAAGACACUAAUGCAAAACAUCGAUGAUUAGAUCAUUCAAUCAUUCAACAAUUUUUACUCCAUAUAAGACUCAAUGAGAUCACCAUCAUUUUAUGCAAAGUCAUUUUGUUAGAGCUGAACGGAUUAAACAAAUACACAUUCUUUGUAUAUACACAGUAAUUUUCUAGUAGAACAACAGAUAAAGUAACCAUCCUACUGUAACAUGUUGAUUACUCUAUUCACUUGGCAUGAUACAAAGAAUAGUAUUUUGCGUAAAUUUAGCUUUUAUUUGAAUAGAAUUUGUCUGUUGCUACUCUGUAUAUUUAAAGGUUUGUAGAAAAUAAAAAAGAAAGUAAAAAAAAUCAUAAUGAAGAAAAAAAUACAAUAAAAAGAGUGAAUGCAAAUUAUGCAACCGUGCCUUUUAUACCAGUUAUCAUUGUAAGAGAGUGGUCAGCUUUGGAGAGUAAAGGGUAUUGGGCUCAUUCAAACUUCAAUAAAUCUUUGUAUUUGACUAUAUUAUUGAUCAAACUAUUUAUAGAUAUAUGGGGAAAAAAAAUGAAACUUGCCUUCUAAACUCAGUUGAUGGACCAUUCUUCAAAAAAAAUUCAUAUUGUUGAAAAUAUGUUUGGACUUGCAUUGUGACAAUAGAGAACACUUGGAUCCCUAAGAUGUUAGUUAACCCAUGAGCUUGUUCUCCAGUCUGAAGCCUAAGUACUGGUUGACUUUUAUUUCAAUGUCUAUCACUGGUUUCAUUUUAUUGCUAUUACAUCUUGUUUGUAUAUUAUUCCAAUCUAUAACUUGUACUAGAAUUUAAGACAGACUGUGCAUGCAUUUUUUACACUACAUGACAUUACAAUACAUUUUUAAAUUUACGCAUAAAGACUUAAUUACUUUAUAUGUGUGUGUGUGCAUAUGUAGACAUAUAUCUAAAUAUAUAAAUAUAUCAAAUCUGUAUCCUCAAUCAUGCAGUCUACUGCUCCUUCUGAACUUUAUGUAUUUACCUGUGUUCACCCUGGUUUAGGACAGGCUGGCCUGCUGCCUGAGUUUGAAAAUCAAAGGAGAUAUUAUUUUUUUUAUUUUUUUUGAAGGGGAGGCAAAGUUGUUUUGAAAUAGUUUUUUCUUCUGCUGAAAUAAGUUUUUUGUUUUUGUUUUGUUUUUAGUUCUUACAGGAACUGUGAAAUCCCCCCUAUACAUUUAGUAUAAGAGUAAAAUAAAACAAAUACAACUUUCCUUAAAGUGUAUCUGUCGUCAACAAAAACUUUUGAUAUAAUGUAGAUAAUACCAUUUUAUGUAUAUUUGUAAUAUUCAUUGGUUAAAAAAUGUGUAUAUUUUUUCCCUGCAGCUAUUUCAUGUGUGUUUCUAUGAGGAGUCUAAAUACAGGAAGUGAGGGUGGGACAAACAGGGCUUUGUGCUGGCUCCAGGCUUGUCAAUCAUUCUGAUGUGUGAGUCCGGAGUGUGUCAUAGAGCCUCAUUGUGCAGAGCCCUGCUUGUCCACCCACACUUCCUGUAUGUGUACUCCUCAUAGAGACACACAUGCAAUAGCUGCAGGAAAAAAAAUAUACACAUUUUUAACCAAUGAAUAUUACAAAUAUGCAUAUAAUGGUAUUAUCUACAUUAUAUAAAAGGUUUUUGUUGAUGACAGGUACACUUUAAACUAAAUGUCCAUUCUUGAAAAUAAUCUUGUUAUUUAAAUCUAGAUCAAAAUUCUGUCCUGAUUGAUUUCUUAAUAUAGCUUAACAGUUGUUACCAAUUUAAAGUAUAGAGAGCUUUGAAGACUGAAGAGAGCUUUGAAGACUAAAAACUUGAAGAAAAGUUAAAGGGUACCUUGAGUAUAAAAAAGAAUCGACAUGUCAGAAGUUUCAAUCAGUGGGGGAUCGGAUGUUGAGACCCCCGCCAAUCCCACAAGAGUAUUGUGCCCAUUCCUGUUGCCUGUACCCAUGAACUUUACAUCACUCUAAUUAGAGUCAAGUGGUGAGAAAAAGACAUGAAUGGGUACAGCACUCAGCUGAGUUAUUCUCAUUCAUUUUAGCAAACAGUGGGGUCUCAGUACCGAACCCCAAUAACAACCCCCAUCCCCUAUUAAAACUUCAGAAAUGUUGUUAUGACAUCUCAGAAUAUUUUAGAACCUUUAAAGAUAAACAAUUGUCAUUCUAUCAUCAUAACUGGGGGAACUGUAUUCUAUUUAGACAUUGAACCCAAUAAGAAAACAGUGCCUCUAGUGGAAGCUGCAGUAGGCAGAAUUUUAUCAUCUGUGUUUAUGCUUACAUAUGGGAUUCAGAGCAUCAGCCAAUAUAGACAUAUAGGGGGAGAUUUAUCAAAAACAGUGCAAAGGAAAAGUUGCCCAUUUACCCAUAGCAACCAAUCAGAUUGCUUCUUUCAUUGUUAACAAUGAAAUAAGCUAUUUGAUUGGUUGCUAUGGGCAACUGGACAACUUUUACUCUGCACAGGUUUUUAUAAAUCUCCCCCAUAGAUAUUAAUCAGAACAAAUAUUGGACCUAAAAUGACUUGGUGUUAAAAGAUGGACAUUCUCCUAAUGAACUAAAAAAAUUCAGUUUCAAUAUAGUUUUAUGAAUAAUAAGUAAUUUCAAUUAUAUAGAAUAAGAUUGGAGUAGAAUAUCAUAAAGGAACGAUGCUGCUCUGAGUAGCUAUUAGCAAGACGCUUCAUCUCGUAUUAACCUGGGGCUGGGGUAAACUUUCAGUUGCUGUAAUUUUCUCUUAAAAGGUAAAAAAAAAAAAAAAAAAAAAAAAAAAGAAAAAAAAAUAGAAAAAAGGAAAACAUAAAAAACUUGCAUUCAAUGUGGUUCGAUCUGUUUGUAAUAUUAAUCAUUGACUGUUGUUCUUGCAACUUGGAUGUUGUGAAGCAAAGAACAAUUUAUCAUCGUUUAUUAUGAGUCACUAUGCACGCAGCUAUGCUAAACAAGCAAAAUGUAUUAGCUAGUCCACUUCUAUUUAUGAAAUAUUUUACAUAAUUUAAUUUGCUUUUGUACAGUUUCUGUAAAUAAAUUGCUUGCCAUUCUUAUUUUUGGUCUUUGCAGAUUAAAAUAUAAUAUGUUUAAAAUGG